GCAGAGGUGCAUGCUCCAGGUUGUCCAGAGAAGCAUGGCUCGUGGAUGGGUUAAGAGCAUACGCAUCCAUGAUAUGUUGCGUGACGUUGGCCUAUCGGAAGUCAGAAAGGACGGAUUUCUCCAUGUUUGCAGUGGUGAUGACGUGGCAGUAUCUAAUGAUGAUAAGAGUCAUCGUGCGGCUUUCCACAACCGUAUAAAUGAUGAGGUUGCUGUUUCCUCGCCACAUCUCCGCACUUUGAUGGGCUUCAAUUUAGUUUUGAAAGGUGGUACUGCUGCGGGAAGAUUUUUGAAAGGGUUAAACUUACUGAGGGUGCUGGAUUUGGAGGGCGCAAAAGAUCUGGAGGAGUUACCGAAACAGAUCGGCAACAUGAUUCAUCUACGAUAUCUGGGACUGAGAAACACUGAUUUGAAGAGGUUGCCAUCCUCCAUAGGACGUCUCCUGAAUCUGCUGACUUUGGAUGUGAGAGAUACACAAAUUUUAUGGCUUCCGAAAUCAUUGUGGAAAAUCCGGACGCUAAGGCAUGUGUAUAUUAAUUUUCUCAUGUUUCCAAGCGCACCAAUUAGUGGUGAUCACAAGAACUUGCAGACUCUGAAAAUCACAUACAUUCAAGGUUAUGCGCAUGUUAUGCAUAUCAUCUGUUUAUUAGGCUCAAAAUUCAUCAAAAAUUGGGUUACUUCACCAGGCUUUACUAAAGAAGCGAUAUCCGACACAUAUGAAAGAAUGCUUAGAAAAUCAUUCGAAAAAUCAUUCGGGAAAUCACUCGAGAAAAUGGGCAGCUUCAUCUUCCUGACUCUGAGUGUGCAUGGGCCGAUCCCUGGGAACGUCCUUUUCGCUCAAGCACCAAACCUGCACCACCUCCGUUCAUUGAAUCUGAAUGGACAGUUGUUACUCGAACAGCAGCAGCUCCCAGACAGCACUCGGUUCCCACCAAACCUCACCAAGCUCAUAUUAACAAAAUGUCGUUUGGAGCGAGACCCAAUGCCGGUGCUGGAGAAGCUGCCAAACCUCAUGCUUCUUAGAUUGGGAUGGGAUGCAUAUCUUGGGACGAGCAUGUCGUGUUCUUCUCGUGGCUUUCCUCGACUGCAACACUUGAUGUUAGACUUUCUUGCAUAUUUAGAGGAAUGGACGGUGCAGAAUGGGGCGAUGCCCGGCCUCACCCAUUUAACUAUCGAUGCGUGCGGUAACUUGAAGAUGCUUCCUGAGGGAUUGCAACACGUGACCACCCUUCGGGAACUGAAGCUUAUGUUCAUGCCCGCUGACUUCGUCGACAAGAUCAGAAAUGAGGAUAGGUACAAGGUCCAACACAUCUCCUCCGUUAUUUUUCAAUAUAAGCGGUGACAUAAUAGCAGCAAUAACCCUGAUGCAAGUGAUGAGGUUUCCUGGAUUUCUUGAAUAUGUACAUGGAGACAUUUCUGGCUAUUUCUUAUGGAACCAUCAAACCGUUGAUUGUAUUAGUUCUUCAUUUCAUUUUCACAUCAUAUGUUUCUUUAGAUUUGAUGGAGUUAUUAAUUGUCUGUAAUAUUGUCACGUCCCGAACCCAAUAUCCGGACCGGAUACGUGAUGGCCGCACACUCCUUAGAGCAAGCCCUAAAGAAUAUGCAAGGCCAA